UAUAUUCAUUACUUCUCGGGUUGGGUUGGCAUGUUCCCAACCUGAGAUAUUCCAACAUAUUGGGUUGGCAUCCGCUAUUUCCAAGCAUUUGUUGAGUGCACGCCACCGAGAGUAAAGAUUUUAAGAAAAAAUAGAAAAGGAUAGGAAAACUUUGUGCGCUGAAUCUGGCGAGUGACGAACGACAUCACAUUAUAGAUCACAAGUAGGAUAUUAUAGAUCGGGAGUACGAUACUACAGACCAGGACUAGGAUAUUAUAGAUCGGGAGUAGAAUAUUAAAGACCGGGAGUAGGAUAUUAUAGACCGGGAGUAGUAUAUUAGACAUCAGGAGUAAGAUAUUAUAGAUCAGGAGUAGGAUAUUAUAGAUCGGGAGUAGUAUAUUAGACAUCAAGAGUAGGAUAUCAUAUAUAAUAUCCUACUCCUGAUCUAUAAUGUACUACUCUCGAUUUACAAUAUCCUACUCAUGAUCUAUAGUAAUAAAUUCCAUACUACCUACUAUGUCACUGGUAAAUUUUAUAAAAACCCAUCUUAAAGACGUUGUUUGUGCUGGAUUUGUGUGGCACGACACGUACAUGUGCCACACACAAUAACAUAUUUGUGUCAUGUGUGUCGUACGACUACCACACAGAUUUUCAUAUUUUUAAUAAUAAUACGGUGAAUAUAUGAUGCGUUUGGAUCACCUGUCUCGGGUGCUGGUGCUGCUGCUGCUGCUGCACGCUUGGCAGCUCAGUGGGUACCCGCAGCAGCAGUGGAUGUCAGCGACGGUCAACUUUACGGCCUUGAUGUCAGCCGGUGCUCAAAACGCUUCGUAUAAAAUCGAGUCAUGGGUGCGCUGCGUGGAGAUGGCCAUAGGCUUCUCUUGGCCCAUGAUGGCCUGCCUCACCACCACCACCACAUCGGGCCCAGAGUGCCAGCUCUGGAGCGCUAAACACGUCGCCGUUGGCAAGGGCGUCAGGUCGGGGGCACUGCCUCAUACCCCUUGCAAGAUUAGCAGCUCCUACACGGGCUGCAUCAGGACCAACGGAUCCAUGGCCGCCAUCGGCGAGAAGCAACUCAACGCUGACGCUACAACCGAAACCUGCCAAGAUGGCGGCUUCGUCACGGACCCGAUCACGCCCAAGACCACAUGCAGCAGUAAUUUCGCCCAGAUACUCAACGUGGGAUGCAUUUACGUCACCCAAGGCAGAUACGAUUGGACUGCUGGAAGCACAAGGUGCAUGACCGAAUACUCAGCGGAGAUGUAUUCAGCUGACAACGACCAGGAACAACAAGCACUGAGCACCCACAUCAAGAACACAGUGAGAGAUGAUGUGUGGGUAAUGAUACGAAAGUCAUCAUCCGGGACGUGGCAGUACCUGAACUCAACCUAUAGCCCCGGCAUAGCGUUCUGGAAGAACUACCCGACUUCCAGCAGCAACCCCUGCGCCAAGAUCAACAACAACGGCCAGCUGGAAGACAAGCCUUGCACCGAUUCUUACCUUACCGUGUGCAGGAUAAGGACUACAACUGGGAAGUGAUAAGAACCGUGAUAAAUUUGCGACUGCAAACGGGCAUAAAAUUUGGACCGCGAGUUCCGACAAAAUUUCGAACGCGAGAGGCGACAAAAUUGCGGGCGAGAGUGGCAGCAAACUAGCGAGUGCGAUUGACAGGGACGAAAUUAGGGAGGCGUAAGUGUAGAUUAUAAAAUAACUUAACAUAACAUAACAUAGUGCUGUCGGCGCUAAAGAAUAGGCAUAAUGUGGCCUACCGCCAAUACUUGAACUUUUCGUUAUUAUUUUUCAAUAAUGAAAAAUAUUGGGCGGGACAUUCGGACAUUCAUUAUGGGGCCGGACAUCCGGGAUAUAAUUCGGGUAGGGUCAAAAUAGAAGAGGGGUGUUUCGAGUUUGGACCACUCCGAUGGUGCAGUGAAGUUUGGAGUUUGGGUCACACCGGCGGUAUAGGGAUGUUUGGUUUCGGGUCACACCGAUAGUGUAGGGAUAUUUAAAGUUAUGAUUAAAUAUCUAGCGCAUAUAUAUCGACACAAUGGCACGUGUGGAGCACCACUUGACUUAGGGGUCGGCUUGCGAUUACAAGUUCAAGAUUUAGUUUGUUCGUGGCCACCUAAGAAUUUAUUUUCAAAUGAUGUCACAUGAACUUUGCAAAUAUUCCCUAUUGGCAAACCUAUACUCAGGUAAACGAGUGAAACUUAUCAAAUAGCGAUACACUUGUGUGGGUCAUCCUGACCCAGUUUGGUCCAGCGAAAGACCUUAUCAGUGCAACGUCCGCUCUCUGCUGGUUCUGUUGGUAACGAAGUGGGUCACUAUUUGAACGAUAUGACUAAUUAAUUUAUAUGUGUGAUAUCGUGUCCUUGAGCACUUUCGUGAUGAAUAGAUAAGAAGCGAUAUACGAAUAGAAUGACGGUUACAUUUAGGUUCAUGAAUAUGAAUAUUAAAUUUAUUAAAGUGAGGUUUUAUGUUGAGUUUCCGCUGGAAUGGUGUGCAUUAUUGAAACAUUCAAAAGUUCCUUUCAAAGGAGACAUUUAUAAGAAUAUACGCGCACCAUGUAUUUUACAAUUUAGCCUAUUGCAAAACUGAUGUUUCUUUUUCAUGCAGUAACUUGAACAAAUGACUAACAGAUGACGACUGUGUGUGUUAUCCUAUUCGUCCGAGUAAAAAAUUUGGAUUGUUAUUUAUGAAACUCAGUUCAUGGCGAUCAAGUUAAAUAUGUGUUAGAAGUUCACCGUUCGACGGCAUUGUAAUAUCUCGAUUCUGGGUGGAAUGAAAUCUAUGGUCUUAUCGUAUAGGUUUACUUUAUAACGCCGGAGGAGCGGCUACGAGUCCGAUGGGACCCAAAUCAAAAUUAAAGGCGGCGCAUCGAUG